AUGGCAGAGCCAGAUUUAUCGUUUUUUGAUUUGCCGUUAUUAGUACAAGAGAAAAUCUUGAAAUUCAUGACAUAUAGUGAACUUAGUCGAAUACGAAUUGUCUCAAAACGGAUGCAUCAUUUAUGUAGUGAAAUUUUAAAUAGAUCAUAUUGUUUAUUAGAACCACUUAUUCAUGAACUUCAACGUACUAUUAAAUCAAAACUGCCACGUCGAGAAUCAGAAAGACACAAACAUCCGUUGUCAUGUAAAUUUGACACCAUUUCGUCUUUAGAUUCAAGAAUACAAUGGUUAAAAUUAACAUUUAAUUCAUCGAUCGGAAAUGGUUUAUGCUGUUUUUAUCCUGGAAAACUUCUCGAUGAAAUAUAUAUUGUUAUAAAUCAUUUACAAGUACUACAAACAUGUCCAAAUCCAAGAUCGAUUUUACAAGAAGUAAGAGAUAUGUCAUCAAUGGCCAUUGAACAUUUUCGAGAACAAAUUGAACCUAAACUACAACAAACCAGAUUGAUCCCAUCAGCAAGUACACUGGAAGGAAAUAGUUCAUUUCCACUAUUAUCGAUAUCGCGCUCAACAUCAAUUUUGUUACCGAAACAUCAACUUGCACCACAAUUACAGAAACAUCACACUAUAUUAAAAUCAUCAAAUGCAUUGUUACGUGAACAAAUCGACGCACUGAGAAAAUCUGUUCAACAACAAAACAUGUUGAUUUGCAGUAAAAACUAUCAGUUAGGCCUAUAUCGUCGAUUAUUACGAUAUCGAACGCAAUCAGUCUUGAAACAAAAUUAUCGUGUCAAACGUUUAGAAAAAAAUCUUUUACAAACAAACCAUAUUUUAAACGAAACACGUCAAAAAUUUGACCAAUUUUUGAUAUUGUACAAUAGUAACACCACCAGUAAUCGAGAAGAUGAUGAUACGACAAAUACUAAUAGUAACGAUCACGAAAAACAGUCAAUAGCAUUGAAACAUGAGAAUGAAAAUGACAGCGACGACGAUGAUGAUGACGAUGACAUUACUUAUCUUUCGAAAAAUGAACAAGAGGCGAAACGAAAUUGUUUCGAAAUCACAACAUCAAAUAAUCGAAAACGACGAAAACUACAGUGA